GCCUUCAGACUUUGCUAGGGAAUUUUUGACAAUGCAAAAGGGUAGUCUGACCUUAUGCAACUCAGCUGGGAAAACUUGGCCUAUGAAGUACCGUAGGAACGCAGGAAGUAAAAUUCUGCAAGCAGAGCUCUAUGGUGGUUGGCAGGCAUUUGUGGAAUAUAAUCGUCUUGGUGUUGGUGAUAUAUGUGUAUUCGAGUUAAUUAAGCAUCCUGAAAUCCUAAUGAAAGUGGUCACCUAUCUGGUAGUCGAAAAUGCAAGCAAGGUCUGCAGGCCGUUGGCUCAUGAGAGCAUAGCCAAUCGAGUUAAAACCAGGAACAUGGUCAGUGAUACUGAACCUGUUUGUCAACAAAGACCAUGUCCAUCCAGUGCCAGUAAAUUUAAAGACCCAACAGACUCUUACGUUGAAAUCUCGGAUGACUCGACACAAAACCAGAAAAAGAAAUUGAAAUCUCCAUGUUUUCAUCCUUGUAAUACGAUGAGAACUAACUCAAGUGGAAGCAUUCAAGCUGAGUGGAUCAAGCUCGAGAAAGAAAAGAAGAGCAUGAGUUCUCAAUAUGUAACAAAAGAACUUUGGGGUGAUCUCAAAUAUUCUGCAAAAGAUGGUAGUGAAAAGAUGUAAGGUGGUCGGAGACGUCUGAAACCCGACAUUCUGGGAAAGACAGAGAUAAAACCAUCGACUCCAACCAAGAAACAAAGAGCUUGUAUAGGAACUAGUGACCUCAGAACUUCAAAUCCCUCUUUCAGUGUUUUGAUGAACCCACCAUAUGUUAAUUCUGGUGUUCAUCUGUACAUACCGGAGGAAUUCGCCAAGAAAUAUUUGAAGAAGAGUGGAGAAACUAUCCUGAGAGUUGCAGAUGGUAGAACUUGGACUGUUCAGUUCGAAAGAA